AAGUGGUGGGUUUAGUUGAGCCUUACUCACCGGAGAUGUCGGACUGAAGACCCCGCGACCCGUGUGCUGAGAGCGAGAAGAAGAAAAUCAACGGUUUAAGUUAUCCCGAAUACUCCUCGGUUGGGUGCAAGAGUGAGCGAGAAGAUACGAAGUCGCGGUGUGUGUUCUGGUUUUGAUCAUUUCGUCUUGGAAGAUUAGCGAAGUUCUAUCGUUCUAUGCUUUAUGAGUUUGACACCUUGAUCCUUGCGUGUUAAGGGAAUGUUUGCAGCUCGAACAAAGUUAUAUCGAAUAAGUUGAAGGCGGUCCUAAAUAUAAAAAAGGUCGCUGUGGUGCUUCUGCUGCUGCUGUUGAUGAUCAAUCGUAUGGGUAGUGGUGAAAUUUGAAAUCCUGUUAGGGGAGAUCAGUUGAAGAAUUUGCACGAUCAAUGAUCAGCAGUGAGUGUGCUGGAAUCACUUAGUGAACAAAAAAAUAGUCAACGAUCGCCCAAAAAGGCAAUCUACUUGCCUUGCGUGUGUGUUGUUGCGGAGAAAGUAAUUUAAACAGCCGACGAAACAGCAACCCCCCGAAGCCAAGAUGCCCUGCAGUGCAGUAACGCUAUCUCUCGCGACGAUAUCCGCCAUUAUUGCCGUUGCCCUGCUGGCAAUCGCCUUCUCCACAGAUAAUUGGCUGAGCUACGAAGUGAAGCGGAAUAACAUACAGUCAUUCAUAGCGAAACAUCCUGAUGGAGCAUCACUCACCGAAUCGUUUAAUAAUAGGCUCAUCUACUACCCUCGGACACGUGGACUCUUCCGGUACUGCUACCCGAAGGAAAAACCACCAGCAUCCUUCGUUCAAAUCUACCUCUCGCCGGUGGAAACCCACUGCUCGAACAUAGACUAUUUCCCCCAGAUCGAGGAAGAUAAGUCAUCACCGUCGUUCAACGAAGACAUCACGGCCCGCCUACAUCUGGCCCGAUCCGUCAUAGCCGCUUUUAUCCUCAGCUUUGUUGCCAUCUUCUGUGCCUUCUGGACCGGUUUGUCGGGCUGUUGGAAGCGAUCGGCCGGUGCCAUUACUGCGACUGCUAUUCUGAUGCUCACUGCUUGCCUACUGGCAGCCGGUGCCAUGGGACUCUGGCAUACAGUGGAGUUCUUCGAAAAGGAGAAAGUCGUCGGUGAUGAUUACUAUCAGAGCUGGACUACGGUUCUUCGUGACAACACUCGCAUUUCCUACGAUUGGUCCUACAUCGUGGCCUGGGCCGGCGUGGCGUCCAGUUUGCUGGCAUCGAUCCUCCUGUCGGGAGCCGCCGUAUGCCUUCGGGGCGAGCGCGAGAAGGAAGAGCAGCUGAACCUGAGCUAUUUGAUGCCCGUGUAUCCUCAAAAGCAACCUCCUUACCCUUAUGGUGGUUUCCCUCAGCCUCAACUCUACCCGCAGCCAUACUAUCACGGAUCGCAAUACGGACCGUACAACUACUGAAGCGGUUGUUUCAAAAACAGUCGUUGCGAUUUCCGAAACUCCCUUUAGAACACCUGCGCAAUCCUUGCAAAGGUUUGCUCUCUCUCUCACACACACACACACACAAAAACGCAUUCGAAAUUUAGAGUGAAAUCGUGAGAGAUCGUUAUGAUGCGAGAUGAAAUUUAACAUUUAAAUUUUUCGAAUCGGCCUUUUGGCCACCAGCUACGUUAAUCUCCUCAAUCUCUCCAAUCCACAUCGCGCUCGCUGAUUCUCUUCACCAUCCCUUUUUUCCGCCGACAUGAAAUUGUGCUGAGACAAAUAAGGGACUCAAAUUUUUCUUCAACCAUACAAGGAAUGUCUUCCAUUUUUUUUCUUCUAACCACUAGUUUUACAAUCUAAUAUUCUCAAUCUCUUAAACCCACACGGACACACACACACAAGUGUCCCCCUUUUCCACGUAAGACUUCUUUUUUUAAUUUUAAUUUUUAUCAUCUAUUUUUAAGAUUAGACGUUUACUUUUUUAAACAUUAAAGCAAAACAUCGCGCUUAGAGUGUAAGAAAAGUUUAUUUGAUUUUUUUUCACGAGAAAAAAACCGAGAAGAUGAAAUGGUGAGACAACGAUGCGUAAUGCUCAUUUGUAUUAUGUAUAGAAGUUAAUUUAAUUCUACGCCGUAAGAGAAACAGAAAUAUAUUUUAGUUAUAAAUAGA